GUAGGAGGUGGCAACAAAAGACCAAAUGCCAUGGAUGUUUUCAAUUUCACCAACGGGAAUGGCUCUGAAGGCAAUGACACAGAAGCUGUGGAAGAGAGCGAAAGCGCCUACAAGACUGUGGAGGUGGUGUUCAUCGUGUUGGUGGCCGGUUCCCUCAGUUUGGUUACAGUUAUUGGAAAUAUCCUGGUCAUGCUUUCCAUCAAAGUUAAUCGGAACUUGCAGACUGUCAACAACUAUUUUUUAUUCAGCCUUGCAUGUGCUGACCUAAUUAUUGGACUGUGUUCUAUGAACUUGUACACAGUCUACAUAGUAAUCGGGUACUGGCCCCUGGGGCCGGUGGUGUGUGACCUGUGGUUAGCCUUGGACUAUGUUGUCAGCAAUGCGUCUGUCAUGAAUCUUCUCAUCAUAAGCUUUGACAGAUAUUUCUGUGUCACCAAGCCCCUCAGCUACCCUGUCAAAAGGACCACCAAGAUGGCAGGAAUGAUGAUUGCCGCAGCCUGGGUCCUCUCUUUCAUCCUCUGGGCACCAGCCAUUCUCUUCUGGCAGUUCAUUGUUGGUGGGCGGACAGUGCCUGAGAAGGAAUGCUACAUCCAGUUCUUCUCUAAUGCCGCAGUCACGUUUGGCACUGCCAUCGCCGCCUUUUACCUGCCUGUCAUCAUCAUGAUUCAGCUCUACUGGCAGAUCUCCAGAGCGAGCAAGAGCCGUGUGAAGAAGGAUAACCGCAAACCAUCAGGAGCCAAUCCAGAGCCCCUGUCGCCUGCCCAGACGAGGAACAACACACCAAAACCCAACAAUAACAACGUACCAGGGGAAGACACAGGACGUUCCCAGAGCCAGAAUGCUGAGGAUGGAGCUAACCAGCAUGAUGGAAAACUGCAAAAUGGCAAAGGACCUUCUUCAACCACUGUUGAGGGAGAAACCGAAGGUGACGACAUUGCAAAGGAGAACUGCACUCCUGGAGAAGAGAAGGAGAGCUCCAAUGAUUCAACAUCCGGCAGUGUGGCUGCGUCCAAUCAGAAGGACGAGGAGGCCGCACCCUCUACCAUUAACUCCAGCGCGGAGACAAGCCAGCCACUCCCUCGUCAGCGAGCCAAGGCAGGAGGCUCCAAGCUAACCUGCAUCAAGAUCAAGACUAAAUCACCCAAGGGUGACUGCUACACACCGUCCAAUGCCACCGUUGAGAUCGUCCCAGCCACAGAGCGGCAGAAUCACGUGGCACGGAAGAUUGUGAAGAUGACAAAGCAACCACCCAACAAGAAGAAGAAAGCGGCGCCAUCACGUGAGAAAAAAGUUACCCGCACAAUAAUGGCCAUCCUGGUAGCUUUUGUAGCCACCUGGACUCCUUAUAAUGUGAUGGUGCUUAUUAACACCUUCUGCUCCAGCUGCAUCCCCAACACAGUGUGGACUAUUGGCUACUGGCUGUGCUACAUCAACAGCACCAUCAACCCCGCCUGCUACGCUCUGUGCAAUGUCACAUUUAAAAAGACAUUCAAACAUCUUCUCCUCUGCCAGUAUAAAAAUAGUAGGUCAGCCAGAUAAAUAUGAGCCACUUAGAAGAAAAAGCUGAAGUUUUAGUUGCCUGUGUGUGCCAUCCAUGUAUAUGUGUGUGUGUGUGUUUGUGUGUGUGUGUGUAUAUGAAAGAUUAGUGAGAAUGAUAAAGACUGCAAGAGUACAUUUGAAAUUACUUCAUUUCAUUUGAUCAUUUGUUUGUUAAAUUUCUCUCUCAAUAACCGGUUGUAGCACUUUACACAAAUUCAACUGAUGCCAGUUGCGUUGAGUUGUGUCGUGCAGAAGCAGCAUAGAUGAGGAGGGUUGUGAAAAAUUCAGUUUUAUUCAGAGAUGUAAGCUCAAAAAAUAAGGGUGUGUAAGGCAGGGAGCACUUGGGAGUGACACUGAGCUGAUAAAAAAUGAAACAAGAUAAAGAGCGGAGGAAGAUCUGUGCUGUACAAAAACACAAGAAAACUUCAAAAUGGGAAAAUAGGGCUGACUGAAUUUACAAACCUCAGAAGUUUGAAGUUCAGUGAAGAUACCUGUAGAUAACUGUACAUAUCAGUGUAUACUCAAUAUUUAUGUGAGUGCACGUGGGUGUGUGCUGGCUCGGAGUAUGUGUGCACACCCAUGCGUGCCCCUCUGCCUGCCUUCUUUCUAUCUGUCUGUGAUCCUCAUCAUGGCACUUCCAACCAGCAACAUGUAGAAUAAAGUGGGGCAGCUUGUGUAGAUUGCCACUAACAUGGUCACAUCAGGGCUGGAAGCUAUCCUAUCUACCAAUGAGCCCCUGUGGGAAUGAGUUGCCAUUAAUACAUAAUAGAUAGAUAAAUAUAUUAACGCUGCACUUGUCAACUUGCCAGCUGGUGGCUGGAAAUAACUUCAAACUUCAAGGGUCAGUUCAGCCUAAUUACAAAAACAUUCUUACUUACCUCUACAGGUGGUGUUUCACGAUGCAGCUGGUUAGGUUGCUUUUAUUUGGCCAGGUAUUAAAAUAAAUUUGGCCUUCACCCAACAAUAAUGAGUUAGCUUAGCAUAUGCUUAUAGCACUGGAAAAUGACAUUUUCGUUUUUAAAAAAUUCAACAGCAGCAUAUAUUCCUGGUUACACAGUCACUAACAAGAGUUUUUCAUUAGAACUACUCUCCAAUGAAAUAAUUUUUUAGAAUUUCCAUGAACCAAGUCUUUACAGGAUGUUAACCCCUCUUGUAGCAUUAAAUAGAAAAAUAAGUAUCUAACAGAUGGAGACAACUACAAAUUUGGACCAAUCAGAUGAAUCUGUGACCCUGCUAGAACCCCGACUUUGAUUUAAAAGAACAUUUUGACAUUUUGGGAAAUAUGUAACUAAAACACAAAUAAGCGUGAGAAAAUUGAGAUCACUCGUGUCUGUAGAUAUAAA